AUGGCGAAUGUAUACACCUUGCUUACCUUGCCUCAAACAUCCAAUGGCCUGACAUCGUUCAAAUCCAGCGUAACAGGCAACAACGACGACGAAUUGACCGCCAGAAAGGCCCCUCGCCUGGAGUCCGAUCUCGACUCUGCUUCGGCCUCAAGAACCUCCAAAGGAGCACCCUCUGCUUCCACGGGUCCCUUUCAAAUCAAGCUCGUGGGGUAUAAUGUCGAGCAGCCACUGGCGAGGGACUCCUUCGUUCUGCUCAAACGCUGCCUCCGAGUCCUGCUGAGCAAGAACCCCACGGAAUAUCCGGAGCUCCCGCUGAGCUUUGUCGGAAUUUACGACAUGUGCCGCGCAAUGGUGUGUGACGCCGAAUUGGGCGACGGAUUAUACGAAGAUGUCAUAUUGGAAGUCGAAAAGUGCUUUGGCGCCUUGCUCACACAGCUCGAUGCGGAACAGGAGCACAUCCAGUGGCUGAGUAACUUCGUCGAGUGCUGUGCAUGGUUUGAGAAGCAGAUUGCACUUUUAUCCUCGUUGUUCACGUACUUGGACCAAGUCCAUGUCAAACCCAACCCCAGCCUACAAUCCAUACGCGAGCUUGCGUUCACUAAAUUCGGCGAUCGGAUCCUAAGCGAUCGAGUGAUUGUCUUGAAACUUCAUAGCGGCGUAAAGGAUGUCAUAAACGCAGAACGCGGUCUAUGGAUGACGAACGAAACGAACCGUACGCUCAUUAGUAACGUCGUCUCUCACCUAACGACUCACCAUGAGUACGCGAGCCUGGAGAUACACUAUUUGGAGUUUACGAAAGAAUUCUACUUGAAUGAGUCGCGGGAGCAGGCCGCAAGCAUCAAGAACGCCAAAGAGUUCUUUAAGCAAGUAGAUAGGAGGAUCGACUACGAGGUUGCUCUGUGUAAGGAGGUACUGUGUGUUAGCAGCUGGAGCGUCGUGCGUGAGACGACGGAGAGGGCGCUCAUGGAGGGAAGAGGGGAAUGGUUGGCGAACGAAGCCUUGAGAAGCUCCUUGGCCGAGAUGGACACUGCGACACUAGGCAAGAUGUACAAGCUCUUCACCAAAGUAGGCGUACAACAUUUGUUGAAGCUAUCCUUCCGCAAAUACGUGUCCGACAAAGCGAAACAAAUCGUGACCGACACGCAGAUGGAAGAUAACAUGGUCAUGAGGCUCCUAGAGCUGAAGAAGGAUAUGGACAGAGCGGUCACCACGUCAUUCGUGGAUCAAGUCUCAACCCCACCCACAUCUCAACCCGGGCUCGCCGCCACGUCUACCUCUUCGUCUACCCCCAUACCAAACAAGGAGUUCUUCCAAGCUUCUGACGAAGGAUUCCGCGCGGGCUUCAAAGCCAGACGAAACAAGCCUGCUGAGCUCAUUGCCAAACAUCUCGAUAAGCUCAUGCGCAAGGGGCAAGGGGCCAGCAGCGACGCGGAGUACACAAGGCUGUUGGAGUCGGUGUUAGGGCUGUACAGGUACACUGACGACAAGGAUGUCUUCAGGACGUUCUAUCACCGCGCGCUUGCGAAGCGGCUGCUCCUGGAGAAGAGCGCGUCAGAUGAUAUCGAGAAAGACAUGCUCAAGAAGCUUAAAGAUCAAUACGACGCCGAAUUUGGGAUGGCGGAGGAUAUGUUCAAGGAUCUGUCGCUGUCGCGGGACAUGAUGCGUGAUUUCCAUGAUUCACUCAGCGCCGAGAGCGCUGGGAGGUCCUUGACCGCGAUGGUCCUCCAGCGUAGCGCAUGGCCGUUCGCCGUCCCGAAAACCACUAUCGAUCUCCUCCCUCAGAUGCAAGAGGACCUGCAGACAUUCACCGAUUAUUACAAGAAGAAACACCAAGGUCGUAUCUUGAACUGGGACCACGCGUUAGGCACUGCGACAUUGAAAGGGCGCUUCGACCCCGGUCCCAAGGAGCUGUCCGUCAGUUUAUAUCAGGCCAUCAUAUUGCUGAUGUUCAACGAUGUCGACGAGAUAUCCUUCGUGGAUAUAAAGGAGCAAAUACUAUUAGAGGACGCGGAGCUGAGGCGGACGUUGCAGAGCCUGGCGUGCGGGAAGCUGAGAGUUCUAAAGAAGGUCCCGCCAGGCCGAGAUGUGGCCGACACAGACGUAUUUCGGUUCAACGCUGACUUCAGCGAUCCCCGUCCAAAAGUACACAUCAACUCCAUUCAGGCGAAGGUAUCUCCCGAAGAAUCCAAACGGACGAACGCGUCCAUUGAAGGCGACAGGAAGCACUACCUCGACGCUGCUGUCGUGCGCAUCAUGAAGGGCCGGAAAGAGAUGAAGAUCGAGGAACUCACUGCCGAAACGAUCAACUCUGUAAAGAGCCACUUCGUGCCCGAUGUCCAGGUGAUCAAGCAACGUAUUGAGGCGUUAGUGGAGAUGGAGUACCUGGCCAGGGAUUUGAAAGACAAGAAGCUAUUCAGGUAUCUUGCUUGA